AUGAGGUACUCGUCAAGCUUUCUCGCCCUCUUCGCUGCCGUGACUCCAACACCCGCUUUCUCACAACGGUAUACGAAUGAAUCAGAAGUGCCGCUCUAUGGACAGAGUCCACCUGUGUAUCCCUCACCCUCGGGCAAUGGCGCAACGUCCACAUCAUGGGCAGCCGCAUACGCCCGCGCUAAAGCCAUUGUAUCACAAUUGACCCUUGAGGAAAAGUCGAACCUUACACACGGCGUAACAGGACCCUGUGUGGGCCAAACAGGUGCUGUCCCCCGCCUCAAUAUCCCAGAACUGUGCUUUGCAGACGCACCGGCUGGGGUGCGAGGCCAGGAGUUUGUUUCCGCUUUCCCAGCUGGUAUCCACCUCGGCGCAACAUUUGAUCGUGACUUGAUGCUCAAGUAUGGACAGGCUCUUGGAAAAGAGUAUCGCGGUAAGGGGAUUCAUGUUGCUCUCGGACCAUUCAUUGGGCCGAUUGGACGAGUGGCUAGGGGUGGGCGUAAUUGGGAAGGGCUAGGGGCAGACCCGUAUAUCAAUGGCGUCGGAGGUGGGCUUCUGACGAGGGGCAUUCAGGAAGCGGGCGUGAUUGCCACACCAAAGCACUGGCUAUUGCAAGAGCAGGAAUACAGAAGACGGCCGGGCGAUGAGGGCGAGGCCAUAUCAUCGAAUGUGGAUGACCGCACAGCACAUGAACUAUACGCAUGGCCAUUCAUGGAUGCGCUUCGGGAGGGCGCUGGCUCUCUGAUGUGUUCGUACCAGAGAGCCAACAACUCUUAUGGAUGCCAGAAUUCGAAACUGCUGAAUGGUAUUCUGAAGACCGAGUUGGGCUUCGAAGGGUUUGUGGUUUCCGACUGGGAUGCACAGCAUGCCGGCGUUGCUUCUGCCAAUGCUGGCCUUGAUGUCGUCAUGCCAAUAGCGAAGUUCUGGGGUGACAAUCUCACCGAAGCCGUGACGAACGGCUCAGUUACAACUGAGAGAUUGGAUGACAUGAACACCAGACUCCUGGCAGCGUUCUACUAUCUGCACCAAGACCAGGACUUCCCUGAGAAUAGUGUAUACCCAUACAAUGUCGAACAUCCUAUUGUUGACGUACGCGAGGACCAUGCUGCCUUGAUCAGAGACAUUGGAGCAGCUGGUACUGUAUUGGUCAAAAACGUCGACAACACCCUACCCUUGAAUCAUCCACGCUUUUUGAACAUUUAUGGAUACGACGCCGAGGUCAAGGGAACACCGUGGAACAAUCCUGCACGCUUUGGAGGUGGUUACGAGGAGAAUUGGGGUUGGAACACCCUAAACGGCACUCUGAUCACGGCCGGUGGAUCUGGCUCCAGCACGCCCCCCUACGUGAUCAGCCCUUUCAAAGCAAUCCAGGACCGCAUAAUUGCGGACCGUGGCACCCUUCGAUGGGACUUUGAUGGUAUUAACCCAACAGUCUACGCAAACGCCGAUGCAUCCCUUGUCUUCAUCAACGCCUAUGCCUCUGAAUCCUUUGACCGAGUCUCCCUCACAGACACCUUUAGCGACCAGCUCAUCCGCAAUGUCGCGGCCAACUGCUCCAAUACCAUUGUCGUCAUCCACAACGCCGGUAUUCGCACAGUCGACGCCUGGAUCGACCACCCCAACAUCACCGCCGUCCUCUUCGCCGGCGUCCCCGGCCAAGAAAGCGGCCACGCAAUCACAGACAUCUUGUUCGGCGAUGUAAACCCAAGCGGCCGUCUCCCCUUCACCAUCGCCAAUAAGGAAGAAGACUAUGGCAUCUUGCUCAACUCUACGGUCGAUGACAAUAACCGUGCGUUCCCCCAGUCGGACUUCACAGAGGGGCUGUACAUUGACUACCGCGCUUUUGACGCGCAAAACAUCACUCCCAGGUAUGAGUUCGGAUAUGGAUUGUCCUAUGCAUCAUUCCAUUAUUCCGGCCUUGCCAUUACACCACUCGACAAUGUAGAUACUUCGCCGUAUCCCUGCCAGUCUACCCCGAUCGUGCAAGGCGGACACCCUCAACUCUGGGAUACACUAUAUACCGUCUUCAUUAACGUGACAAACGCCGGUUCUGUGCCUGGCCGCGAAGUCGCACAAUUAUACCUUGGGAUCCCGAAUGCGCCGUUGAAGCAACUCAGGGGCUUUGAACGCACAAAGAUUUUGCAACCACAUGAGAGUGUGGAGGUGGAGUUUAAGCUGCAGAGGCGAGAUUUGAGUGUCUGGAAUGUAGAGGCCCAGGCAUGGGAGUUGCAGAGCGGCAGCUAUGGGGUUUGGGUAGGAGCAAGCAGUAGGGAUGUUCGGUUGGAUGGAGAGAUUGUUGUCGACUAA